AUGACCUCGCACACACUAGCCCGCUUCGACGCGAGCAAAGACCUCGCCGACGACUGCGCCUUUUGCAAGAUCAUCGCCGGCAAAUCAUCUGCCUUUGUCGUGUACGAGGACGAGAGCAACAUCGCCUUUCUCGACAUCCUGCCGUUGAGACCGGGCCACACGCUCGUGAUACCGAAGAUGCACGUUCAGCAGCUGUCGCAUCUCGAGCCGGGGACGGCGGCUUCGUUGUCGAAUGCGCUGGUGCAGACGACUAGGGCGAUCGGCAAAGCACUAGGCGACGAGAGGCUGCAAGUCAUCACGAAUCAGAUCUACGCUCAGCUGGUGCCUCAUGUGCACUUUCACAUCGUUCCCGCUGCAAUGCGACCGAGCAAAGACGACAAGACCAAGAAAUCAGCAUCGAGCAAUCCUCUGGCAAUGAUGGGGCUGGGGCACGGGCGUGAGGAGCUAGACGACGAGGAGGCGGAAGAGCUGGCCAAGAAGAUACGAGAAGCGGCAGCACAGUUGAAGAACGGACCGAGUGCGAAACUAUGA